GAUGAAAUCGGGCAAGGAAAUAAAAUUAUGUCCAUGCCAAUUGUCAAAUUUAUUCAACUUUCUAGAAUCCUGGCCAAAAUUUUUUAACAAACCAAUAAGACUUUUGAAACCAAAGCUCACCACUGGAAAUCUUACACUUCAAUGACAAGUAUUUCAUUUUCAAAAAGUACAACCACUAUUCAUACACAUGAUCAUUCUAAGACAUCAUUAUAUGCUGCCUUGCAUGCCAUGAGAAUGCUGUAAACACUCCAUCACAGCUGCUUGAAGUGUAAGAUUUCAAUGAAUGUUGCAAUGUACUGCAAUCUUACUGCUGAAUGGAUUCAAUGUGCACUUAAAAGCACACCUUUAAAAAAAAGAAUUUCUAACAGUCAACAUAAAACCACCCUAAAAUUCAAUGUAAAUGUCAUCACAGCAGCAUCACUUUAAAUAAUUUUCUCAGAAUGAUCAUGUAUUAAUUUUACAUAAUGACCACCUUUACUUGUCAGGAAACAGUUCUAUCACAAUAAAAUUCCAAUCCUUAAAACACAUUUCUGGUAGCUUUACUAUCAGUGUCUACUUUACACAACUCAUUAAAAAUGUUUAUUUCAAGUAAUGAUUUCUCUGAAGAGAAUUUAUAAUGUUGGAAUUUGAAAGACUCUUUGGGCCUUUUAAUGGAAGUCCUGAUGCCCAUACAAAAUCAAUUAUCCUGAGCACUUUCUACAAUCAUAUAGAAAAGUCAUUCAAUUAGAGAUAAUAUCUUUCUAGUAGCAGAAGGAUCUAACUGAAGCAUGUAACUGUGUUAGCCUCAUAAAUACAGUCUGUCACUUUCUACAUUUAUUUACACUGUCUACACAAUAAAUUCCCUGUCAAUUCCAACAUGAAAUGUUCCUCUCCCAAACAGUCAAAAUAUCACAACAGUUUUUAACUUCAGUACAAUAAAUACUGAAUAAAUAGAGCACAAAUGAAUAACAGAUUUUCUUCAAUUUUAACAAGAUCCUACAAGUUUUAUGAAUGAACAAUAUCAGCAAAUGAUUUAACAUAAGCUUCAUGUAAUUUAGUCAUAAAGUCUGCAUCAUUUUUGAUAAGGUAAUUAAAUGCUUGAAGAAGUUGCUUCUUUGUGAGUGGUUCUGGCCUAAUCUGACAGCUACCAUCAUCAGAACCUAAACUAGACGUAGGCAUUAAAGGUACAGAUAAUUCACUUUUUGCGGAGUUACUUGCCACAUCAAUAUUAUUGGUUUCCUUUGAUACAGAAGAUGUAAACAUUGUAGGUGGCAUCAAAGCCAGUUUUGAUGAUGCCUCUGUAUUAUAAGCAGGAGCUGAUGAUGAUCUCUGAUCUGGAGUGGUGUCACAACCAAUACCAUUACUUGCUGUUGGCUGAACAACUGGGCCAAAGAAUGGUGCAAGAGAUGUAGCAUUUGAACUCGGAGAAGCUAUUCGAAGAAAGUUCAUACUAUUUUCUACAGUACUUGUAUUUGGUGCCUGCUCAGCAUAAGAUUUUGGUUGCAGCACUUCAACUGGUUCUGUACCACCAACUCUCUCUGCACUGGAACUUCCAGGUAAAGUAAGUGGUCGUACUUUAAAACCAUUGCCAUUCAAGAUCUUAAUUUCCCUUUUCAUUUCUUUUCCAUCAUUAGCAUUAUCAGAACGUGGAGUAGCAGAUCUUUGCUGUUUUUCGAUAUGCUCAACACUAUGAGCUGGAUUCGACAUCAAUCUCUGUAACAAAGGCUUCAAGCGAUUGUCACCAACUUCUUGAACCAAAGCAGUUCUUUGAGAAUGUCCCAAGUUUAUGCCUGGAGGAUGAGGAGCAUUAUGUACAUUAAAAUGAGAAACAUUGCUAGUGGCUUUUGCAAAAAAGUCCAUCACACUUUUAGAUGGCACAUCUUCAUGAGGUGCAGGUUUAACUUCUGUUACAGACUUAAUUUUAUCGGGAACUUUGUUAGAAUUAUAAUCUUCUUGGGCCUUAUUUAACAUACUGAAUAUAUCUACACCUGCCGGACCACUGGUAACACUUUUAUUUCGCACAGUUGUCUUAUCUGGCAUCUUUUUCUGGAUGUCCAAAUCUUUAACCAACUUGUCAAGCAUCGUUGCAAUUCGUGUGCACUGAUCUUUAUCAUAAAACCAAAUACCGAAUAUUCGACAUCUCGUAUUUCGAUAAAGCAAGAAUGGCUCUUGCAACUGCAUUUCGAGGCCUUGAACAACUGGCUCUACUAAAUUGUGGGUAUUGAGUCUGUUCAUGAUGAGUAUACCGUGGAAGGGUUCACCGUUACGGCUAUACACAAACAAUGCACCUUCAACAUCAGUUCGUUCCCAUUCAUUGGCUUCCGCAUUAAAUGUGUAUAAAGCGACGUGUGUCGCAGUACCCAAAAUUUCUUUGACAUAUGGAUCCACACGUUUCAACGCCGCAACAUUCAUCCGCAAUUCGCUGAUUUCCGCCAUGUUUUCUACACUCCGCGUACAAACAUGCGUAUUCAACACUAGUUUAUCGCUCAACUUGCAAAAAGAUGAAUGCUACGACCUCAUUGUCUUUAUUAGAAGUCAAUAGACUACUUUUCCAUCUUGCAAGUUAACUACACAACAUAUUUGAGAAGAAUUUACCUUCAACCGUCAGUUUACACCAAUACCAAGUUGCCGAAGUUACAGACUUGCUUGCUUACGCUGGUGCAUUGGUGCUACCACUGCUGCCACUGGUUGCGAACUAGGACUCUGCUAAACGAACAGCUGUUGCGUACGAAUUAUCCACUCACAAACUCAUUGGCAUCAUAAAGCGUCAUUCAGUGAUCAAUGGAUGUACGAGUAAAAACCUUGAAGAUGAGCGAUUUAUCUUACGACAUCCGAAAGCACAUGAAAUCGGACGUACACAACUUUCUGGAAGCUGUCAAACUUGUGAAACGGCGAAUACACAGGAAAAAUUACUACGCCAAGCACUCGGACUCAAACAUCUUUAUUCGUUGCUUGGGCUUUAUUGGCUGCUUGAAUUCAAGGAAUAAAAAUACUCCAACUUCAAACAGUGAUUCCAACCUCUGUGCGCAGUUCAACGCAGUGUUUACAACAUCUGCAAAAAUUGAACCAGCAAACACAUGUGAGGAGUAAUUUAGUGAAUUAACAGUAAGAAAAGCACAAUUCGUCAUUUACAAAACAGUAAGAUAGUUUUGACUGAUUAUCUAUAUUUAUGUGGUAAAGUAAAAUGGAAACACCGUGGUUAUGUGAUAAACUGGAAGAAAUUAUUAGGACUGACGAGAAUUUUGUAACUAAAUCCUCAGACAUAGCAACAGACGUAAUAUGCAGCAAAUUAAAGUUGGUGACUUUGGUAGAAAGACUGGGAGGUGUAUUGACAGAUGCAAAUCCUGACAUUCGUAGACGUGGAACUGAAGUUUUAGCAGAAGUGUUGCAGAGCCUACCAAAGGACUUUUUAAAUGAGACAGAGCUUAAUUUCAUAUCAGCAUUUUUUGUAGAUCGUUUGAUUGAUCAUUACUUUGUUCAACCAGCAGCUCUGAAGGGAAUAUUUGCUGUGGUUCAAAUGGAGCACACUCCUCGAGAUAUUGCUGUUCGUGUUUUGAAAACAAUACUUCAAGGACAUAUUCAGUGUCAGACAUUGAAGCCAUCUGAUCGCAGAAAUGUUUAUCAAAUUUUCCAGUUGUUUAUUCAUAAUUUUACUGAAGACCUUAAAGCUCUUGGUCCUGAUUUUGUAUAUGGAUUUAUGAAUGUUAUUGAUCAAGAGAAAGAUGCACGAAAUCUUACUGUUGUUUUUGAAAUACUGCCAUUCUUUAUAAAAACAUUCUCUCUUGGUCACUUGACAGAAGAAAUGUUUGAAAUAAUUUCUUGUUACUUUCCUGUUGACUACAGACCGGAAUACAGUGAUUGCCCAGUGACUCGUCAAGAUUUGGCUGAUGGUCUUCAAAAGUGUUUAAUUGCAUCCCCAGAUUUUGGAGAAUUUUGUAUCCCUUUACUCAUAGAAAAGUUAGAUUCAAAAUUAAAAUUAGCGAAGUUGGAUUCUUUUAAGGUUCUGACUGCUGGGUGUGAGGUUUUCCCUGCUAAUGUUAUUAGGACAUAUCUUUUGGAUCUUUGGCGAAUUAUUCAACAUGAAGUUCUACCAGGAACAGACAAAGAUGUACGUGAACUUGGACUUGGGACACUGAAAGCAAUCGUUAAAAGUAUGUCAGCAGCAGCUACUGAAAGACAAGAUUCUAAAGUGCUAACAAAUGUUACAUCAUUUGUAUUGAAUGGUAAUUCAGAACUAAGUCCUAUAUGGGAAGAAUUGCCUUCUUUACUCCUUGGUGCUGCUCAAUUUGAAACCCCUGAAGUAUGUAAGGAGGGAUUUCAUGGAAUAGCAGUGUCUGGAAGAAUAUUUAACGUGAGUAGCAGAGAAAUCUUAUACGAUUUAUUAAAGAAGAGUAUGGAUAAGGAAGAGGAUGAGAUGGUGAGAUCAGAAAUGUUAAUGUGCCUAAAGAGAUUUUCUUGUUUAUAUCCAGAAGAAGUUCUGGAGAAAAUUGUAGAAAAAAAAUUAAAAGAUAUUAAUUCCUGGCCUGAAGAUGGUUGCAAGCAUAUGAAUUUAGUUUUAGAAUCAUUGUGUGAAGUAGCCAAUACAGAACCCUUUACAGAUUUAAUUGUUCCAUGCAUAUUGCAACUUAUUAUAGAAUCAUUUUCUUUGGAGAAAUGCAAUAUAGGCAUGAAGUGUCUGAGAAAGUUGUUAGAGUCUUCUGGAGAAUCCAGCAUAUACAAAUACAUGUAUUUGCAAUGUGAUGUUGUGUCUCGUCUUAUAUCUUGGUGGUUAAAAGGCAUUGCAGAAGAAAAGUAUAAUGCUAUUUUUGAAAACGAAGAACUCCUUUGUCACUCAGCAAAAAUUGUCAAAAUCCUUAUUAAAAAUCAGGAAAGAAGGUCCCAAGCUGAAGUUGUAAGUGCACUCCUUCCUCAGGUAAUAAAUGCAAAUUGUGGUUUGACUAACAAUGGUUUUACACGUUUGCCUCUGACCCAAUAUUCUCCAAAGAAGCAUCCUGUUUUUAUUGUCCUUCUAGAAGCGUUGAUAGGUUCAGUGCAGCAAGAGAUCUCAAUACCUGACAUUCACCAAUUGAUCAUUGACCUUACUCAGCUAGCCAUUCGUUCAUCACAUUCAUUGACUCAACUUAGUGCCUGUCGUCUUUCUGCAAAUUUAAUUAACAAGGCACCAGAUGAUGAAAAUUUGGUAAGCCUUUUGCAAGAAAUUUCAAAGAAAUAUCAAGAUACAGUUUUGGAAGACACUAAAUCUUUAAUUGAAAGACAGAAUACUGCUCUCGUUAUAGUUUGGAUAACAAAAUCUCUUGUUAUGCGAGGCCAUUCAGAAAUGAAUAAAUGGGUGGAAUAUUUGAUAGAAGUUUUAGGAAAUCCUACUGUGGGCCAAGUAGCAGCUGAAGGUUUUAGCCUUAUUAUGAAAGAUGAUGUGGAGUACUUGGAUUCAGAAAGUUUUUGUAACGUCAAAAUCCUUUUUCGGCAACGUUUUUUCUCAUUCAGUCCAAAACUUAUUGAAGCAUUUCACGAUGCCCCUCUGGACUCUAAAGCAAACUAUUUGAUUGCUUUAGGUCACAUGUUGCAAGGAGUGCCACAAGAGGUUCUUCUUAUGAAUUUAGAGAAGAUGGUGCCUCUCCUGGUAGAAUCAUUACAGCAGUCAGAAGCGGUACUUUUGGUUACUACCCUUGACACUCUGCAUUCUGUUUUGAAGAAUUCUGAUCUGGCUUUGCAGCAUCAUUUACAGACCUUUAUUCCUCGAAUACUUAUUUUGACGACAUUUCAAAAGUCCAUGAGAGUUCGCAUGAAAGCUUUGCAAUGUAUUUAUGAAAUUUAUAAGUAUCCCACUUCACUUCUAUUACCCUUCAAAAACAAAGUGUUGAAAGUUUUGGGUGAAUGUUUAGAUGACCCCAAAAGAUUAGUGCGCAAAGCAGCAGUUCAGGCUCGUUCACAUUGGUUCCUAGUGGGCACUAAAAGCAAAAGGCGUUAAUUAUAAGUGUAGACAUUUUGGAAAUAAUUUUACACCCACUAUCGCUUAUUUUGUAUUGAUACACCACAUUUGCAAGCACAAACUACUUAGAGUAUUUUUCAGUCUCUCUUACCCUCUUUUUGUAUCUCUCUUUUCCCCCUUUUACUUUUUUUCCAUUUUAAUUUGUGUCUUUGUUUUUUGUUUUCGUUUAGUCAGAAUGUACAUUCGAAAGGGAGGAUUGAAAAUGUAUGCCAUGUUAUCACAAAUGCUUGUAUUAUAAUAGUUCUGAACGAUACAGUUGUAAUGAAUAGUUGCCAUAAAAUCUACUUAAAUGUAGAUAGUUUAAAUAAUGUUUUGUUUCAAUUUAGAUUCUUUGGUCUCUAUAGUUGCAGUUUAUGAUUGUUAACUUGUUUUGUUAUCAGUUAGUACAUUAUCUUUAAUAAAAUUUAUUUCAUACAGAAAGUCCAUUUGUAAAAGAAUUUUAAUCUGUAUCAUUUUUAAGAAGUACGUCUAAAGAAAUAAUUAAAAAGAUUCAGUAAAUUUAGUUGAAACAAAAUUGUCUCAAUAUUUUGUCGAAAUUUAUAAUUUUUAAAGAGAUAUUUGGUUUAAUCAAACUUCCUUCUAGUUCAGUAACUCUGAACCAUUCAUUUUUUUUUUUUUGGUAAAUUGUACAGUUUGUAAAUAAAUUGUUUAAAAAAUACUUAAUUGAAGAUUAUUAAUCAUUUUUCACAAAUACUGCUACGUGUGUUUUUCUCUGGUUACAAUCAAUACCCAGAGUCAAUGAUUCAAUUCCUAAGGUGACAUUAGAAGUAGCUUUAUGGAUUAACUGCCUUUUGUUUUUGUUGAUUACUGUUCUACUGAUCAAAAAUUCAAAACAUUGCAUUGUCUUUCACCCACAUCUUGCAUUAAAACAUCUGUGAGAAACCCUGCUGGGGGUAUAUGUUCCUCCACAAUAUUUUUUGGUAUAUGGGGUGUAUUGAAAGUUACUCCCUGAUAAUGUGUACCUUAUCUAUUGAUGAGUAUCCCCCUCCCCUCAAUAAUUUAGUGAUGGUGAUGCCCGUGCAUACUAUGUCCUGUAUGAGGGUUUGUGUGCUUCCAUUUGAAGUGCACCUUGCUGCAUUUUCUCAUGCACUAAACAUCGGUGAGAAAUAUUAAUGCUGCGUUUUGCUUGAGUGCAUCUUAAAUACAGUAAAUUUCAUUUGCUUUCUGCAGUUUUAACAAACAUGCAAACAUAUAUUAUUGUAUUUCAAAGAUAUUGUUGGGAAGCAUAAAUAUUACAUAUUUUUAAUCAUCCUGCAAGAAAUGAUUCUUAUUGAAUGUUCUCUGAUUGAAGUAUCCCCAGAAUGCAAAGAUAUUUAUCACAAUCACUGAAUAAGUAGGAAAAGGAAUAAAUAAUUAGUAAACACUAAGAUGGAACAGAUAUGACUUGAAACCAAUUUUUGUAUUAGAAAAAAUAUACACAACAUUAUUGAAAUAGAAUUUUAAAAUGAAAGUACAGUGAAACCUAUCUCAAGCUGCCACUAAUCUUUCUAGCUGUAUGGAGUUGGGAUCUUCUAUUUUUAAUUUGAGAUAUUUAAUGUUUUGAAAAUAGUUCCGCAAACUCUUAAAGAUAAAACACACAGGGAUACUAAUGAGGAUACAUGAAGUAAUGGCUGUCCUGGUUGUGUUUUUUGGAAGUGAAUGCUGGUCUUUGAGGGAGAAAGAUAAACAGGCAUUAUAGUCUGCUGAAAUUAUAUUCUUGAGAUCUGUAAUAAAAUGUACCAAAACAGAUAAACUGAGAAAUAAGGAAAUUCGAAAAGACUAAACGUUCAAGCAAUCAAUGACAAGGUACAAUGUUGCAGACCAGAAUGGUUACGUCAUGUGGGACUCACGUUGAAAGCAGGAGUUUAAGUACAUGCUUCAAGGCAGAAGAGAUCCAGGUGGACUGCUAAAGAGAUGCAAUUCUUAGAAGCCAGAACAGAUCAUAGACCCUUCCUUGAAGUAGAGGAGAUGAACAUAGAGUUAUGUAUAAAAAUGCUAGUGGUUUACCUGGAGAUUUCUUUUAUUUACACACACGUGUCUAUACUCUUUGAGAAAUUAUCUUCAUUUUGAAAGUUGAUCUGCUGAAAGUUAUUCAGACAUCAUGCUGAAAUAAGUGAUUUUGUUUGCCAGGUUAAAUUUAAAUUGAUUAAGAUAUUCUUUCACCAUUUGGAAGGAAGGGGUAUCUUUUUAUUAUGAAUGAAGAAAACAAGGAAAGAUGAAAUGCGUAAUGUACUUGUGUAGUAACUAUGCAACAAAGUUGUUGACUAAUACAUUUUUUCUGUUGCUUCCUUUUACCCUCCGUAAUUCUUCAAUAAAACUUUAGGAAAUGUAUACCAUUCUGGCCUUUUUUUUUUUAUACCUGGGGCAAAAUUUAAUUCAACAUCGCCCUCCCUCUGUAAAAAAAAAAACGAUGGAAAAUUACACGUAAAUAAAAAUUCACCCUAUCGAACCUAGUAUUGCUGCAUAUAUUGUACUUCAAUUUUCCUUGAUGCCUCAUAGCUGAGUGUCUAAGUAGUUUAUUUGACAAAAGAUAAUCAAAUUUCAAAAUGAUAUCCCUAGAAUUUUGGUAAGUUUUUGUGUUAUCAAAAAUAUGUAAGCUGGUCUGGAUGGCCGAGAUCGUUGUGGCAGUAGUGCUGUACCAAUUUCAGACCAAAGGAUCGAGGGUUCAAGUCCCGCCUCGGGCAUGGUUGUAUUUGUGUUCGUCCUUUCACCCCCUGUCAUCACCAUAUCAUGUCAUCUUCACAGUUA